CUGUCAAUCGAAAGUGACAGUUCUUCUACGAUGCCAAUCGCGUAUCGUACUCAAGGAAAAUCACUGUAAACUAAAAAUAUAUAAAACAAUAACACAUCCUAUCAUAAAUGUGUGCCAAACUGACUUUGAACUAAUUCACCUGUGUGAUAAACUAUUUAUAAAGCCAAAAUGUCGUACCGGGAUCCCGGUCCUUUGCCGAAUAGGUGGUUGAAGUGCCCUCGAAAAGCAUCAGGGCUUGUUGCUGGCAAGUUUCUAGCCUUCAAGACUCCUUUAGGACAACAGUUCAAUGACAAAGUUCCAGAGGAGAACCGCUUCACUCCUAACAUGCUGUUUGUGUACAUGAAAAGUUUAAAAGUAAAACUUGGGAUGUGGGUGGACCUCACUAACACCACAAGGUUCUAUGACAAGAUAGAGAUAGAGAAUAUGGACUGUAGAUAUGUAAAGAUGUCCUGCCGGGGACAUGGAGAGACACCUUCAUUAGAUCAAACUAGACUGUUUAUCCAACUCGUAAGCAAGUUUCUGAGCCAGAACCCACUGGAAGUCAUUGGUGUCCACUGUACACACGGUUUCAACAGAACCGGCUUUCUGCUUGUGUCCUAUAUGGUGGAGCAGUUGGACUGCAGUGUUGAGGCUGCAAUUAUAGAGUUUGCUAAGAUGAGGCCUCCAGGCAUUUACAAGCAAGACUACCUACAAGAGUUAUACAGACGCUACGACGAUGUAGAGUACACACCAGCUGCUCCUCUGAGGCCCGAUUGGUGCGAUGAAGAAGAAGGAGAAGAUUAUGACGACAGUACGCCGAGUAAUUCCCAGUCGACCUCUUCGCAAAACGCAUCGGGACCUAAACCCAAGAAAGGUCGCAAAGAGACCACCUUGAAGAAAACCACAUUCAUGCCAGGCGUCCGCGGAGUGGAACCGUUCAACACCCAACCCCGCUUGCUGGAGAUCCAGCAAAAAGCCCAGGAGUUCUGCGAGUGGGGCAAGACCGGGUUCCCGGGGUCACAGCCGGUCUCCAUGGAUGUGAUCAAUCUGAGGAAGCUGCAUGAGAAGCCGUAUAGGGUGUCGUGGAAGGCUGACGGUGUCAGAUACAUGAUGUUAAUUGACGGAGAAGGCGAGGUGUACAUGAUAGACAGAGAUAACUGCGUGUUCAAAGUGUUUGGACUGCGUUUUGUUCAUAGGAAAGAUCUGAGACAGCAUCUGAGAGAUACUCUACUAGACGGUGAAAUGGUGAUAGACAAAGUAGACGGUAAAGAAAUACCCCGGUACCUGUGUUACGACAUUAUUCGGUUUGAGAACCAGGACAUAUCGAAAAAGGCUUUCUUCCCAUCCCGGAUGGACUAUAUAGAACAUGAAAUUAUUAAUCCUAGGUUAAAAGCAAUGGAGAAGAAGAUGAUACACCGCGAACGCGAGCCGUUCAGCGUACGUUUAAAGCAAUUCUACGAAGUUCGGAUGGCGCACCAGUUGUUGGGAGAGAAAUUCGCAAAGGCACUGUCUCAUGAACCUGAUGGACUCAUAUUCCAGCCUUCUAAGGAGCCCUACGUGCCUGGACCGUGCGAGGAUGUGCUAAAAUGGAAACCUAGCCACAUGAACAGUGUCGACUUCAAGCUGAAGAUCGUCACGGAAGGCGGCCAAGGCAUUCUACCAAAGAAGAUCGGCCAACUAUUCGUCGGUCAGCUCGAGCCGCCAUUCUCCACCAUGAAAGUCACAAAGGACAUUAAACACCUCAACAACAAAAUCAUCGAGUGUACUUACGAGAACAACCGCUGGGUCUUCAUGAGGGAGAGGACUGACAAGUCUUACCCUAACAGUUAUAAUACUGCCAAAUCCGUAUGCGAAAGUAUACAAAACCCCGUGACCAAGGAGCGGCUGCUAGACUUCAUAGACAACCAUCGCUUCAUAGACGACUCGGACCUUAUGCCCAUGCCUAAAAUGGUGCGCCGAUAGUAUCAAGCCAAAACGGAGCUUGUUGCGUCGACAUAGAGUACAUUUCACAACGAACCGGACGUUUUAGAUCAUUCUGAACAGUUACAAAGUAUGUUAAAGCCAUUUCAGAAAGUGAGCUGACAUGAAGAUACAAGAUGGUAAAAGUUAAAGACACCUUCAAUAUGAACACACGUUUCCUAAUCGAAGCGUGGACAGUGAAAGUGCCCCUAACUUUUUUGUAUUUCUAAAGGCGGCCUUAAGGAAGACACGCUUUUCCAAUGGGGGCAUGGUUUAAUAAUAUACUCCGCCUGGUACUCUCUUCCGAGACUCGCGAACCACGUGAUUAAUACAAGCCUACGUAACCAUGCUGUUCACAGGUUCACGAUGACGUAGGCUUGUGUCAGUCACGUGGUUCGCGAGUCUCGGAAGAGAGUACCAGGCGGAGUAUGUUAUUAUACCAUGAAUGGGGGUACACCCUACAGUCAACUGACACUAUGCUUUGUCCUUUAUAGACAAGUUUCUAUGAAUGAAGCCUCGAGUCUUGACACACAGUGACCAGUGGGGGCAGUGGGAAUUUUAUUCCUAUUUGUUGAAAACUAGCACAAUUGUAAUAUUGAUAGCUAAAUUAAUUUUUUAAAUCUCAAAAGUUCCGUUUGCGUUUUCAUCUGCUUAAAUUUUAAUCGUGUGUCAUCAGUAUUUCUUAAGGUGCUGUUUAAUGAACCAGCAUUAUCAGUUAUCUGUUGCGUUUAAAGGGGAAACUGACUUAAUUAUUUAUUGUUAUUAAUUAUUAUCCGUGAUGAUAUAAUGGGAAUACUCAUUAGGACAAGUUCUAGACCUUGCUAGGCUUCGUGGAGGAGCUGGGGUGGUUAGAGUAGCGCUACCUCGUUUCACGCAAAAUAGGCACAUUGGAUGUCGAGUUGCGGAAAAUGCCCAGCAAAACUAACUAGGACAAGUUCUAAACCCGUGCAAGUAGAUAUCGAUAGCGCUUAUGCGCCCUAAUAAAUAUUGAAGAUUAAGUAAUUUUUAAGUAAAUCUGUUUUGUUCACGGAGUAGGAUGGAGAUGGCAAGUGGGCGUUCCCGUCUAUCCGACAGUUAGUAGCGACCGACUUACUUUAUGCACAGACUAUGCUCAGUUGUUGUGUAAACUUCAUGCUCGAAUGACAUUCACGUCGUACGUACGCUCGUCUAACAAAAAUUGAUAAUUAAAUUUAAAAUGCCGUAUUGUGCAGUAUUAAGCUGCAGAAAUCACAGCGGUUUAAAAAAUCUUUCACGUGGAGGUAUUUCCUAUCACCGGUGGUUAUUUAUUUAAAUAUAAUCCGAUAAAUACGACAAAUCUGUUUAUUUUGCAUUAUUUACGAAUGUUCGUUAAGUAAAUCUAUAUUUUAUCAGUUAGAACUUAGAGUUCACAAUCCUUUGUCACUAUUCUUUACGUUUAUCUGGAAUAUUCGCUAUCCUAAAUGUCAAAUAACUUCGCUACUCAGAUGCUGCGCAAUGUCGAUAUUUAUAUCGAUAAAGUUAAAGUUACGAUAUUUCAAGUUUGAUGUUUGGUUCGGUAAUAAAUUAUUAUUUUAGACACGUUUCUAAUUAUUAUUUGGGAUAAUCAAUGUCUUAGUAAAUAUGGCAGCUCUGGUCAUCAAGCACUAAGUUAAGUCGGGGUCAUUUCAAACCUUCGUAUUCCUUUACAUACGUUUUUGUUUUUUACACCCAUCAUAUUUUCAUCGUUAAAAUAAUUAAACUAGGUACUUAAUGUACUUAUGCGUACAAUGCAUGCAAUGUGCCAUGAAUAAACGAUUUAUAUUUUCUAUUUCUUUAUUAUUAAUUAUUGUAGGUUCCCACAAGAUGCCGAUAUUAAAAAUAAAUGGAUCAAUGCUACUGGGCAAGAAAAUUAAUUUCCGCAAAAAUAUAGCACCAUUUGCUCGGAGCAUUUCUUAGAGAAAGAUUUCUGGGGAUAAAAUUGCCAUACAUCUCAUCUAGCGUCCACACGCCUAAAACUUAGUUACUAAUUUAGUAAUUAUUAGUGACAUUCGGGCUCACUAAAUUAAUAAAAAGUGUUCCAUACCACGCAAACUAGCGUCAAAUAUUGGAAUUUUGCCGCCCCCCUUCCUGAUUUGAUAGGUCACAAUCUUACAAUCAAAUCAAGUGGGAUCGAUGAGCCAGUUUCAUGUAUGCUUUCACACCAUACAAUUAAUUUGACAAUUUAAUCAGGUUGUCCCGUCUAGAUUGGCCUUAAAUGCUGCUACAAGUAAAUAUAUUGUUAAAGACGAAUACUUACCUAUGUAAGUAAUUGCAGAUUUGUUAUUACAAAAUAACAGCAAUACCGAGUACCGAGACCUUUAAAGAACUAUGAUUUUAUCUGUUUGACUUUAAGAUAUAUUUAAUGUUCACAUUAACAACCUAGUUGGUCAAUUAAUAAGAAACACAUUUCUAGUUAGAUAUUUGUUGUACUUUACUACAUAUUUUUUUUUCAUACAAUCACGAUUAUCACUACCUAUAUUAUAAUCAUAAAAAAAGUAUCAUCUAAAUGUGUUAAAACAUACGGUAAUGAAAUAUCAAUACCUAACUGAACAAACAAAUAUCGAUAAAACACUCCGAUUACACUGUCCCCUCCCUAUAUCGAAUGGAACGAAGUUCCAACGGUUAGCUACUCGCAGGCGUGUAGAGAUCUCGAAAACACCAGUGUAACGUGACCGUGAGAUCCGUAACAAACCAUGCGUAAUUAGACCUUACUUAUACUGGUUUUUUUAGCCCUUUUCUCGCCUGUAAUUAGUAAGUGAUUUUAAAACUAUAUAAAAUAACGCCAUCUGGUGUUGAGUAGUUGUAUUAGGUGAACGUUGAGCGAGCUUUUGUGAGAUUAAUGAGAUAAUGAAAGAGUCGUAUGUCAUAUAGCUUUGACAUUAUAUUUUAAACCGUCACUCAUGUAGCCUACAGUUGAUAUUCGUUCGAGAAAUGUCCACCGGUAAUAACCUUUUGGUAUGGAAAGUUGCUACGAAUCAGAGCAAUUUUGUAAGUGUGUGACGUAUUUUAACGUGGCUAUGAAUGUGUGAGUUUAGCGACACUGGUUUUCAUACUAAAUAGGAGUCAUUUCACAUCCACUAGUUUAUUAAUUCGUGGUUUUGUUUAUAAGAAUGUAUUCAUUUACCUUAAUAAAAUUGUUUUUAAUAUU